AUGGCGUGGCACCUUCAAGGAACAAUCUUCGGCCAGGCCGUACGGCUUGCGACUGGCAACAAAUUCUUCCGGUACCCAGACGAGAUCGAUCCGUCACUGUGGAUAAAGGCAGUCCAACAAGAAACCCCAGACGACACUCCGGCGCAGUCUGCCGUUGUGGCAGGCGAUUCGGAGAAGGUAAUAGAUGGAGAGGAACAAAGUAGUUCUUCCAACAACCAAGAGCUUCAAGAUGAUACCGAGAAAGCUAGUAAGACAGACGUCCUCCUAGUAGGCUGGUAUGGCCCAGACGAUCCGGAGAAUCCCCAGAAUUGGCCCAUAUCGCUGAGGCACACAAUCAUCGCUCAAUUGUGUCUUUUGAACUUUUCGGUCUACAUCGCAAGUUCCAUGUACACCCCAGGUGAAGGAGAAUUCAUGAAGGAAUUUCACGUUAGCGAAGUUGUCGCAACUUUGGGACUCUCUCUAUUCACUUUCGGCUACGGUUGUGGGGCUAUGCUAUGGGCCCCUUUAUCUGAAAUGGCAAAACUUGGACGCAGUGGGAUUUACUUCUGGACGCUCCUGUUCUUCAUCAUCUUUCAACUCGCCGUUGGAUUUGCUCCGAAUGCUCCCGUAUUCUUCGUUUUCCGAUGGGUGACAGGUUUCUUGGGCAGCCCCUGUCUGUCGAAUGGUGGGGGUACAGUCAAUGAUAUGUACACUCCACUUAUGAUCCCGUAUCUGAUCUGUAUCUGGGCUUCCGCUGGUAUUUGUGGUCCUGUUUUUGGUCCCAUUAUCGGGGGAUAUAUUGCUCCCGCAAUGGGAUGGCGAUGGACGAUUUGGGUUUUUACGUGGCUGAACUGCUCUGUGCUCAUCCUCAUGUUCUUCCUUUCUCCCGAGACCAGCGCUGCAAAUAUACUUUAUAACAGGGCCAAAAGAUUGAGGAAGGCAACCGGAGACGAUCGCCUGAAAAGCCAGUCAGAGCUUGACGCCGCGCACCACACCAGAAAAGAUACAUAUAUCCUCCUCAGCCGAGCUUUUAUGCUUACUUUCACCGAGCCUGUUAUCUUUCUUAUGAACCUAUACGCUGGUCUCCUCUACGGCUUGCUCUUCCUAUGGUUCGAAUCAUUCCCAAUCGUAUUUGGUGGCAUCUACGGGUUUGGCAUUGGGUCACAGGGAUUGGUCUUUCUUGGCAUCUUUAUUGUCGCUGUUUUCUCAAUGUUUGGUUACUUGCUAUGGAUCAAACUUCAACUUAUAAAGAAGAUCACUGGUGGCAACUUUAAGCCCGAGAUGGUCCUCCCACCAAUGUUUGUGGGCGGUCUCGCCCUCCCAAUCUGCAUGUUCUGGUUCGGCUGGUCAUCUCGGUCAAGUAUCCACUGGAUCAUGCCUAUUAUCGGAUCUGGUUUCUUCGCUAUUGGAGUAGUAACACUCUUCAACUCACUCUUCACCUACCUCGGCCUUACAUUCACAGCGUACGCCGGAUCCGUCUUCGCUGGGGCAACCCUUUUCCGCGCCUGUUUCGGUGCAUCUUUUCCACUUUUUGCACGAGCCCUCUUCAAUAAACUUGGCGUUGCACCUGGCAAUUCGCUACUAGGCGCUCUCACUAUCUUGUUCAUUCCCGUGCCAUAUAUGUUCUAUUUCGUAAGUCGUCUUCCCCUCAUUACCUUCUUCUAUAUGAUGCUCAACUAA